AUGGCCUCUCAAUAUGACUUUGUGAUUGUUGGGAGCGGACCCGCGGGCUGUGCGCUUGCACACGGUUUAGCCCAAUCUCCCAAGAAACCCACCGUUCUCCUGCUGGAAGCCGGCGGCAAAAAUGCAGACCCAAACCUUCGAGUCGACGGGCAGCGUUGGCUGACUUUCACGAACAAGGAUAUGAACUGGGGCUACAAGACCACACCCCAAGAAAACUGCGGCAAUCGCCAGCUGGACUAUUCCAGAGGAUUUGGUCUUGGUGGAUCCAGCGCUAUCAACUUCGGUGUCUUCACCAUCGGUGCACGCGACGACUAUGAAGAAUGGGCACGCCUCGUGGAGGACGAUGCGUUUCGGUGGGAGCCCGUCCAGGCACGCCUCAAACGCCUCGAAAACUUUCACAACACCCUCCCCGAGGGCAUCAGCAGCAAGUACGCGGCGGCAAAGCCAUCGGAUCAUGGCUCGUCCGGCCUGCUUCACGUUGGAUUCCCGACCGAGUGUGAGACCGAUGUCGCGCACAUACUUGAGGCGUUCGGCCAGGCAGGCUACCCGUUGAAUCCCGACCACAACUCGGGCAACCCGAUCGGCAUGUCGUUGCUGAUUAGCUCGGCACAUAAAGGGCGACGAUCCACUGCACAAGACCUGCUGGUGCCGUGCCCGGAGAACCUCACCGUCGUGACAGACUCUCCGGUGCAGCGUGUCUUGCUGGAAGGGAAAAAGGCGGUUGGUGUCGAGUCGAACGGGAAGCGGUUUCUGGCUUCCAAGGAAGUCAUUUUGUCGGCAGGCUCACUCGACACUCCACGGAUUCUGAUGCACUCUGGGAUUGGACCAAAGGAGCAACUUGAAGAAUACAACAUCCCUGUCGUCCACCCUUGCUCACCUAUCGGCGAGGGCCUCCGCGACCACGGGUUCUGCCCGCUCGUCUAUACCCGCACACCGGAGAGCACGGCUCGCGCCGGCUUCUACGGCGACCAGGCGGUGAUGGAUGCCGCGCUGGAAGAGUGGAAGAAGAACGGCACUGGACCGUGGACCAAGUUCGCCACCGAGAUGGGCAUCGGCUUCUUUAAGUCCGACGAGCUCGUUUCUUCACCCGAGUUCAAGUCGCUCCCCGCCGAGGAACAAAGAUACCUGAACUCGGAAACGGUGCCACACUUCGAAGUCUUCACGCAUUUCCCCAUCCACUGGUUCCUGCCCAACUUCCGCAGCGAAGACCUCGGCUACUCGUGCCUCCUCGUCUUCCCCUACAACGCCCAGGGCCGCGGAACGGCCACGCUCCAAUCAUCAGACCCCAACGUCCCGCUACUCUUCGACCCCAAGUUCUUCGACCACCCCUUCGACCGCCGCGCCGCCAUCGCGGCGCUUCGAGAGGUCUUGCGCUUCACCAAGACCGAGGCGUACGCAAAAGACACCGUGUCCACCCUCGUGGCGCCCAAGUCGGAGUCGGACGAAGACUUGCUCGCACACUGGCAGCAGACCUUUGGGUCCAGUUGGCAUAUGACGGGUACGGUCAAGAUGGGGAAGCCGGAUGAUGCCGGCGCCGCGGUGGACAAGGAGUUCCGUUUGAUGGGCAUCGAAGGUCUUCGCGUGGCGGAUAUGAGCGUCGUGCCGGUGUUGGCGAGCUGCCAUGUGCAAGCCGUUGCUUAUAUCACCGGCGCAACGUGUGCUGAGAAGCUGAUCAAGGAGUAUGGUCUUGAAUAG